AUGGCUCGUAAAACAGUCGAUUAUAAUUCAUCAAUUAUACGUUAUCUUGAAAAUUCGAUUUGGCAACGAAAUUUAACUGAUGGACGAUCAUUACAACCUGAUGUUCUUUAUAUUCCACAUCUUGUUCCACCUCAUACUCUUCUAUUAAAUCCAGUAAAUUGUGUAAUGACAAAAUUUAUUCGACCAGCAACAAAUAAAGUUCGAUGUCCAAUUUGUUGUGUUUGUUGGACACCCGAUGGUCGUCGUUUGAUAACAGGUGCAUCUAGUGGAGAAUUUACAUUAUGGAAUGGAUUAAUAUUUAAUUUUGAAACUAUUUUACAAGCACAUGAUUCAGCUGUACGUGCAAUGAUUUGGUCGAAUAAUGAACAAUGGAUGUUAACUGGUGAUCAUAAUGGUUUUGUUAAAUAUAGGCAAUCAAAUAUGAAUAAUGUUAAAGUAUAUCAAGCACAUAAUGAUCCAGUUAGAGGUUUAACAUUUUCACCGAAUGAUAGCAAAUUUGCCAGUUGUUCUGAUGAUAGUUUUAUUCGUAUAUUUGAUUUUAUGACCGGCACUGAAGAACGUGAAUUACGAGGUCAUGGAUGUGAUGUAAAAUGUGUUGAUUGGCAUCCACAUAAAGGUUUACUUGUUUCUGGUAGUAAAGAUUCCCAACAACCAAUUAUUCUUUGGGAUCCAAAAAGUGGAAAAAAAUUAGCAACACUUCAUGCUCAUAAAAAUACAUGUAUGGCAUUAAAAUGGAAUCGUCAUAAUGGAAAUUGGUUAAUAUCAGCAUCACAUGAUCAUUUUUGUAAAUUAUUUGAUAUAAGAAAUCUUAAAGAAGAAGUUCAAUGUUUUCGUGGACACAAAAAAGAAGCAUGCAAUAAGCUCAUUUUAUUCGUUUAUUAUUGUUUACAAAUAAAGAUCAUAAUAAAAAAAUGUGUUUGCUUGAUAUUGUUUCUUUUUAAAAAUGAAAUAAAACUAUUUCUUCAUCUAAUAAAGGUAUAUAAAACCUCUGGGCAAAAGUCUUUCUCGUCCUCCUCUUUUUUCUUUACAAUCUUUUUAUUAUUGAACUAAAGUAUAACAUAUGUAUCUUAUUUUAAUAUGAUGUAUAGUUAUCAUUUGUUUCAAUCGAAUAUUGUGCUCGUCUUUUCAUAUGAUCAACCAUUUUGACAGUCAAGUUAAUUGAUAGAGCUGUCCAUGCUUUUUUUUGUUUCUUGUUCCAACUCUUGAGUUUGUUUGAAUUGUUUUUAACUUAUUAACUUAUUGUAUCCUUCAUUAUCAACCAAAUGUCUUCAAUUGGGUUUUGAUUUGGUGACGAAGAGAAUCAAGACAGAACUUGAAUUUGAUUGUCGAUUGACAGACGAGAUCUGUGCUUAGAAUCAUUGUCCUCUUGAAUGAUCUAGCUAUGUGGAUCUUCAGAAAACUUGACGAUAAGGAGUAGGCAGAAGACUGUUCUUAUAUAUGCUGCACAUGCUUGACAGAAUAUCUAACUAUACAAAUAAUAUUGGUGACACCUGGAAAUCGUCAAACUUUUUUUUCCAUUGCUGCCAAGUUUGAAUGUCUUCUCAUCGGUAAAAAUCAUGUUGUCUCAAUUGAAAUUUUGACGCUUGUCGAGCCCAAAUAAGGGUGUGGGUGUGGGUGCGGGUGUGGGUGGGGUGGGUGUGAGUGUAAAAUGAUGUCGUCGCAGCCCACACCCGCACCCACACCCACACCCCACACCCACACCCCACCCACACCCACCCACACCCACACCCACACCCCACACCCACACCCACACCCUGGUUUAUUUAUUUUUGAAUUAGACAGUAACUCUAUUUUUAUUCUUCCGUCUGAAUCGCACAUGCACUUUUUGUUUGCUCUUUUUGUGAACAAUUAAGAAAAGAAGAAGGAAAGAAUUGCUUCGGGUAUCUUAACCAGGACUCCCAGAUGAAAAACUUGAAAAUCAGAAAAAAAUCAGAAUUUUUUCUUCGAAAUCGGAAACUAAUCAGAAAGAGUAACUUCUUGCAAAUCAAGGGCUAUCAUGUUGACAUACUUGCACAAAAUGCUUCACUUUUUUGUUUAUCGAUUCAUACUUUAUUUCCAAAAGUAUUUCAUAGUAAAGAAAGACAACACAAACAUUAUAUAGCUUAGAGUGAAAGAUACUGUACUGUAAGCUAAGGAGCUUGAUCAUAGUCAGAUCAAAUGAAUGGUCUCAUUGUCAAACCAACUAAUUAAAAAUAUGAGCUGCCAAUAACGUACACAGACCGAGAUAUUCGAGUUUCAAGAAGUUUGCAGUUUGUCAUGUGCCCACGCUACGAAAUUUCAUCAACACUUAGUUUUCUUUUUUUCAUCAUGGUUGGAUGGAGGACGAUCAUUUACAUAAGAAAAAACAGUAUCACGCAUAUUAAAAAGCAAAUUCUACGAAGUCUAGAACAACAUUUUUUUAAUUAUAAGAGUAAUAAACAAAAAAUUCUAAUUGCUGCCAAAUUGCGUUUGAAUAUGUGUAAUAUUGUUUCUCGGUAUGUAAAUAGUCGUGUUCCGUCCAACCAUGACGAAAAAAGAAAACUAAAGGUUGAUGAAAUUUCGUAGAGUGGGCACAUAACAAACUGUAAAUUUCUUGAAAUUCGAAUAUCUCGUUCUGUGUAUGCUAUUUGCAGCUCAUGUUUUAAACUACUGUCGGCGCCAGAAGUAGAUGGAGAAAACUCUAGGAUGGAUAUCUCCCGAACGGAUGCAGCUAGCGAGUUGGUCUUUUCACCAUUAGAAAGAGUAACCUCUGGGGGCCACAUGUAUAUUAUAUUCAAUAGGUUAGUGGCUGAUCAAGGUUGUUAGUUGUCUUUAAGGAUUUUGUACCCUGCCGGACAAAAACGUUUUUCUAUGUAUUUGCAAUUCUAAGCUGAUGGUUCGAUAGAGCAACCUCUGCUCUUUCAACCUACGCAAUCCCGGACUCUCUAUCAUUUAUCAUUCAAAAGCUAUCCUUAUUAUAGUGAGCACCUGUAACAUGUGAAAAAUGUAAUUUUUUUCGAGAGAAGAGUUUUUUCAUUGUAUAUCCAUGAGAGUUGUCGACUGUUCUUAGCCGAAUGAUGACGACUGAUUUGUCAUUCAAAGAUG